AUGAGACAACCAGUCUGGCAGUCUCUGGGCCUGCUGCGGCGCGCAUCAUCCCAUUACCGCGUCCCCAUCAGUCGCCGCGCUAUCCAAACAGCCAGUUCGCACAUCCCGAACUUCGCCUUUGCGUUCGACAUCGAUGGUGUCCUCCUCCGAUCCUCCAAACCCAUUCCAGGCGCCGCGGACUCGUUGGCACUCCUGAAGGAGCAGGGCAUCCCCUUCAUCCUACUCACCAAUGGUGGCGGGACACACGAAACAGAGCGCGUGGCUGAGAUCAGUGACAAGCUACAAGUCCCAUUGGAUCCCUCGGUGAUUGUCCAGAGCCAUUCGCCUUUUGCGGAACUGGUCAGGGUCUUGCCAUGCUGCUGGCUCGGCUUGUUGCUGACAGAAAUUCUUAGAUAUGGCUUCAAGAACGUGGUGACACCCGGGGAUAUUUUCACGGCUUAUCCAUCCGUCUGGCCUUUCUCGAAGAACUUCCAGGAUUACUACAGCACAUUUUCCCGGCCUCUACCGAAGCCAAUUGACCCGACAGACCCGACGAAGGGCCUCAAAUUUGACGCCGUAUUCGUGUUCAACGACCCGCGCGACUGGGCUCUGGACACGCAGGUCAUUAUGGACGUCUUAAUGUCCUCCCAGGGAUUGAUGGGUACGCAAGCAGAGACGAACGGCCGCACCGACCUUCCCAAUCACGGCUACCAGCAGGACGGCCAACCGCCUUUAUACUUCUCGAACCCGGACCUGUGGUGGGCAGCCGCAUAUCCGCUGCCACGACUUGGGCAGGGUGGUUUCCGUGAGGCCCUGGAGGGCGUCUGGGCCGCAACAACAGGUGGACCCAGCAAAGGCGUCGAGCUGAAGAAGAUCGUGAUCGGCAAACCCUACCAGGGAACAUAUGAGUUUGCGGAGCGACAACUGCUUCGGAAUCGAGCGGCCAUCUUUGGAAACGACGCGACCCUUCCGCCGCUGCAGAAAGUGUACAUGGUUGGCGAUAACCCGGAAUCAGAUAUUCGGGGUGCCAACUCCUAUCGCAGCGAGAUCGGCAGUAGCUGGCACUCGAUUCUCGUGCGGACUGGUGUGUAUACGGGCGGCGAGCCCGCCUGGACGCCGAAGACCAUCACGGAUAAUGUACAGACAGCGGUAGAGUGGGCGCUCAAGUCUUCCAAAUGGACUUGA